UUGCCAGCCCAGACGACGACACCGACGCCGAAACCAUCACCACACCCAACGAUCAAGAUGGUUCGCUACGCUGCGCACGAGAUUGCCCCCGCGAAGUCGGCCCGCGCCCGCGGUUCCUACCUCCGUGUGUCCUUCAAGAACACUCGUGAGACCGCCCAGGCCAUCAACGGCUGGAAGCUCCAGCGCGCCGUCAAGUUCCUCGAGAACGUCCAGGAGAAGGCUGAGGCCGUCCCCUUCCGCCGCUUCGCCGGUGGCAUCGGCCGCACCGCGCAAGGCAAGCAGUUCGGUGUCUCCCGCGCCCGCUGGCCCGUCAAGUCCGCCGAGUUCCUCCUCGGCCUCCUGAAGAACGCCGAGUCCAACGCUGACGCCAAGGGCCUCGACACCGGCAACCUUGUCGUCAAGCACAUCCAAGUCAACCAGGCUCCUAAGCAACGGAGACGCACAUACCGUGCCCACGGUCGCAUCAACCCCUACAUGUCCAACCCCUGCCACAUCGAGCUCAUUCUCACCGAGGGCGAGGAGGUCGUCCAGAAGUCCGACGCCGUCGCUGGCCGUGAGGAGGUCCGCCUCAACUCCCGCCAGCGCGGCAGCCGUGUCCGCCAGGCCAUCACCGCCGCAUAA